CCCCCCCCCCCCCCCCCCUCGUGAAAUACUGACUAGGCUAGAUAUCCUCUGAUUUAUUCCCGUCGACACGUCCGUCGCGCCGACAGCGCCUCGUCCACUCACGCGUUCCCAAAGACCACACAAUGGGUCGCAAGCCGAACCAGCUGAUCCUCGAGUUCUUCAUUCGAGGGCAGAAACUCGAAGACGCGAGCAACCGUUAUCAGCACACUUGCAAGGCCUGCGGCGAGAAAUUUCCCAAGGGCCGCAUCGACAGCUUAACAAACCACCUCGUCAAGAAGUGCCAGGCCAUCCCGCUGCGUGAUCGUCAACGCGUUCUGCUGCGACUUCACGAGCUGCCCGACCUCGCCGACGGAGAUCAGAAGGACGCUGCCCUGGCGGCUGCCGGUAAAGGCGGCAAACCCCUCGACCUGCCCUACACAACCAGGCAGAAUUUCGAUGGGCUGAACGUGCUGGCCGAAGCUUCGAGACAAGUCGGCGCCUCCGAUCACACCAAACGCGGGCCCGCAUACACACACUCCGUCACCGUGGGGGGCAAGACUGUUAUCGUCGACCCGGCGCUGGAAGCGGAGGGCUUCCAGGGACAUGCGCCGGGCGACCACAUGGAUGAAGAUGGAACCCAUGGGAGUGGAACUCCUCAACCCUCCUCCCUCGCAGGAAUCGACCACCACGCGUCCGCAUCCCCCCCGUUGGCCGACGCGUCCCUCACGCCGGAUCCGACCUCCAACGUGCGCCAGUCACAGCUAUCGAUGAUUGCAGCAUCCGCCAGCGAGAUGGUACCUCACGGCAUGCCCCUAGAACAUGACCCCACUGCCAUCGGACCGGAUGGUCUCCCCAAGGGCGGCACGCCGUGGGGUCAGCAGCUGUCGAGCCACGAGCAGCUUCUCUUUGACAGCUUGCAGGAGCAUGACCCGUCCUUGACCGCCGCUACCCAGCGCGCUGCGGCGUUUCCCAGGCCUAUCGCGAUGAAUCCAAACUCGCAGGCCAAGGGAUUUGUCAAUGAGUUUGGCAACUCGACCAAGCCAUCCAAGCCGAAAGUGCGCGGUCGAUUCUCUGCCGCUCGACGUCGCGAAGUGCAAGAAGUGCGCAAGCGAGGGGCUUGUAUUCGCUGCCGCAUGCUCAAGAAGCCUUGCUCCGGCGACAGUCCUUGUACCACCUGUGCCAGCGUGGAGAGCGCUCGUCUGUGGAAACACCCGUGCAUCCGUACCCGCAUCGCCGAUGAAUUUGAGCUGUACAAUGCCAACCUGCACGCCACGCUCGCCUAUCAUGAUGUGAGUGGGAUGCGGAAUCAGGUCAAGUUCGAGCACUACGCGGGCCGCAUCGAAGUCACCCAUUUUGAAGAGAGCUUGGUGUUUGUCACCUUCACAGGUCUCCAGGGUCAAAAACCUUCGGUGUCCGCGCUUGAUCCUCAGCUCCAAGGGCUUGGGGACGAUGCACAAUUCCAGGCGCCUCCUCACGAAAUCUAUCUGCUGGACAGCGAUGCCGAUGACUUGCCUGGGAAGCUCGAGAUGUACAUCAAGAAAACCGCGCCCUUUUUCUACGAGCGUGAGAGCUCGGAAUUUAUGAGGCCUACCUUGUUGAAAGCGGCUGAGCUGAGUCAGCAGAAGAAGGAUAUCUUGCUAGAGCGUGUGCUGGAACUCUGGGUUGCAACUCACGUUCUGGUCGACUCGGAACUCCGCUGGAAGACCUAUAUUAACCCAACCCUCCCACCGACCUCGAUGCACACGCUCGCCCAGCCGACGGACGACGGGCGGAUCCCGGUCGACGAAAUUACUAACCCGGAAACGUACGGGCUGCUGUGCAGUCAGCUCCGCGCCGCGACCGAGAAACGUGCCUCGCAGCUGAGCAAGUCCGUCAUGAACGAUCUGGAACGCCGACUGCUCCAACGCCAGCAAAGCGGCUGGUUCGAGACUUUCCUGGUUGCCAUCAUUUUGCUCAACUGCGUUGAGAGAACCUGCUGGCUCUUCCGUUCUUGGGAGCAUGAGAACUUUGCGCCUCGAUGGCCACUCGAUAAACGCCCUCCCUACUAUGCCAACCAAGGCGAACGGUUUUCGGACAUCUUGCACAUGCUGCUGAAGAUGCGCAGCCUGCCUCCGAAGGCGACUCCGAGCCUGGAGAACGGCAUCUUGAAGGCGAUUGAAGGGAGCGACGAGAAUGCAACCCAGUGGUUUGAAACGAUCAAAAUCACACCGCAAUUUCUCGAACAACGCCAGACUGCCGACUUUGACCCAACGGAUUCCCGCUCAUUUGAUCUGCGGUACGGCUCAAAACUGCUGUAUCCCACUCAGACUCCGAUUGCUUAGGGACGCAAUUUCAUAAGGGUUUGCCAAAAGGGGGGGGAAAAAACAAAAACAAAAAAAAAAAAGAACAGAACAGAACAAAAAGCAACGCGAGAAGGAAACAUGUAAAACUUCAUGGCGUUCUUUCUAUCUUAGCCCUAGCCUUAAUUAACUCUUGGUCUGUGAAAUAUCAAAUCCAGGCAAA